CUUAGGCUAUGGAGUAUUCAAAUGUUAGUCUUAUUGUGUUCUUGGUCCUAAUCUCAUCACGGAAAGACAAUUUGUAUACGGAGAAGAAGCAAGUGUAUGGAAAAGAGAACAGAAGAUUUGGAACUGGAAAAACAACUAAAAAUUCUAAACAAAAAGCCAAUCAAAACUAUUAUGAUAGGAGCUUAAAUAUUGAUAACGGGUUUCAAAAUGAAAGAUGUCCACCAAAAACGGUACCUAUCCGCAGGAUAAAAAAGGAAGAUUUAAUUAAUGCUCGAAAGCUUUUGCAAAAUAGGAUUCCAAUCGAUCCAAGCGCUUACACUCUCUCGCUUAUGGACAUCCGUGCAGACAAUCAGAAACAAACAGGUUGCUUCAACGUGCUUUGUUCUGGGUUUGUUCAAGUUGACAAUGAUGUAUCUCUUGGUGCAGUUUUAGAACCAUUAUCAGUCUAUGGAAAAGAUGCAUGGGCGCUGCAUGUCAAAGUAUACCGUGACCCACAGACUGGUAACUGGUGGUUGAUUACUACCAGAACUAUAGGAUAUUGGCCAAAAAGAAAUUUUACACAUUUAACAAACAAUGCUUCAGUUUUACGAUAUGGAGGGGUUGCAGGGGCUAAACCUCAAACACCAUCUCCGCCGAUGGGAAAUGGGUAUUUACCUCAACUUGAAGAUUAUUUGGAAACGGCAUUUAUGAGGAAAAUGAAGUACAUUGAUGAAAAAGGCCAAUCUGUUAACCUAAACCCCUAUGGAGUACCAAUCAAGCAUGAUGCGACGUUAGAUUGCUACAACAUUUUGUUUGCUGGUAAUAUAGGAGGGGAUUGGGAGAUAACGACGGCGUUUGGAGGACCUGGUGGUAUGUGUCCUUAA